AUCUGUCUUUCAAGCGGACGCAUAUACAUACACACUUUGUGGUUAUUUUUUAAUGUGUGUUUGUUGACGGCGCAAUAUUUGCCUGCGCUAUUGCCGGAAAUUUAGCGCGUUUUUGCCCCCACCUAACUCGUUGGACGCACACACGGUGAGCAGCAGGCGGCGUGUGGGAGUGAAAUUUGAUGGCGCUGGUAACCAAAACAAGCGCGGCGGCCGCUGAUGUGUGGCGGAUUCUUAUGUGAGGCGAUGCCGACAUCCCCAGUCCCGGCAGCCAAAGCUCGCAUCUUCUUCUCCUUGCGCACCCCGAUCAGGAGCGGGGCUUGGAGCGGCGCCACCGAACGAUUUGGGGGCGAUAAAUAAAUGCACAUUUUGGCGAAAGAAAACAACAAAGAUCUCUACGAAAGGCAAAAAUAGGAGCGGAAAAAACCACGCACACACGUAAACUUCGCGCUUGUGUGCGUUGGCGGUGUGCAGGUGUGCGUGUAUGUGUGUGAGCUGCUUUGCCUGCUGGCGUGCAUGUGUGUGUGUAUAAUCAUGUGAAAAAUCGAUUGGAAGCACUGGCAGCGCAGCAGCAGCGGCGCCAAUUGUCGCUUUUGAACAAGAGGAAGAGCGCUUUGUGGAAAGCAGGAAAAGGAACUGGAGGAAACAAGGAACAAGGCGGAACAGGAUCCGGAAGUGCGUUGCAAGCAAAAGCGAAAACCGAUCGCCGCUGAAGAGACCUCCCAAAGAUUGUAAGAGAGCAAAAUCGCGGGACCCACAGGCGAGCGAGCAAACUGGGAGAGAGACGGCGCAAGCGGUGGAGAGCACGACGCAGCCAGCCAGCACACACAUAUUUCUUUAUAUAACUACCAGGCGCCGCCGCCAAUUCGGAAACGGCCGCAAAACAAAACAAACAGAAAGAGCGACGUUUCGGCCAUUAGAUGCCAUCGAAGCGACUGUGGCGAUCAGCGAAGCGGCGGCAAGAACAAGAACCAGAGCGGGCAAGAGAAGAGGAGCCAGCACAAACAAGAGAAAAGGAACAAGAACCAGCAAGAGAACCCUGUUGACCUGAACCCGCAGACGACAAUUUCGAUUGUUGUUCAGGCUUUGACGAAUAAUGGAACCAGAUCCCAAUGGGAUAAAAAUAGAGCCCACACUUGACCACCACCAACAGCAGCAGCAGUACGCGACCCAUGUGCUGGCCAUCAAUGGACCCAACACACGCCUCCUCAUCGAGCAUCCCUCAGCGCUGUUGGUACCCCUCUCCACGCAUCACCAGCAACAGUUACAGCUCCAGCAACAGCAACAACAGCAGCAGCACGUACAGCACCAUCAGUUUCAACAGCAGCAGCAUCAUCUCCAGCAGCAGCAGCAACAGGAUCAGCUACAGUUCCAGCAUCAGCAGUUGCAACUUACCCUGCCCGCCGGCUACGGCACCCACGCCACUCUAAAGCAACAACAACAACAGCAGCAGGUGCAGCAAGUGCAGGUGCAACAGACACCGGCCGCCACACCGUUGGGACCACCGAGCAGCGUUAGCGCCAGCUCAGCUUCAAUUACCGGCACCUCCACGACACACCAGCAGCGCUGGAACGAGAGUCCCGAGGCACGCCAGCGCCGCCUGGCCAGAAAUGCUGAAAGGAUGCGCGAGCGGCGACAGCGCGAAAGUGAAGAGGAGUACCGAAAGCGAUUGCUACGCAACGCCGAGGCCAAUAGGCAGCGGCGACAGAACGAGUCGGAGAUUGAGCGGGCCAUGCGGCUGGUUCGGAAUGCGGCCAGGCAGCGCCUACGCCGAGCCAUGGAGUCGCCCGAUCAGCGGGCGAAGCGUCUGGCCAAGCUGGCCGAAAGGAUGCGCAUGUAUCGGGCCAGCGAGACGUCCGAUCAGCGCAAGCUGCGACUGGCCGAGAUGGCGGCCAGGGCGCGUCAGCGGAUCGCCAAUGAGUCGCCGGAGGAGCGGAAGGAAAGACUGAGAAAGCUGAACGACUACGCCAAAAAGGUCAGAGAAAAGAAGAAGGUACUGAAGCAUGUGGUGCACAGUGGCGGUGGCGGCGGUGGAUCGUCGUCGGUGCUAAUCACAACGCCGACGUCGUCCUCCUCCUCGUCAACGGAGCUGCACCAGCACCAUCAGCACCACCAGCAGCAGCAUCAGCAGCAACAGCAGCAGCAGGUGCUGGCUGUUGCAGCAGCGGCAGCCGCAGCGGCGGCAGCCAAUUGUACUAACGAACACACUAUCAAUCUAAACCAGGCGUCGACAUCGGACAACGGAGGAGGAGCUGGCACGCCCCAGCCCACGGCCGAGGAUCAGCAGCAGCAGCAUCUGGUCACAGCAGCCGCUUACCAGCAGCAUCAGGCCCUGGCUGGAGUGGAGUACAUGGGCCAGGGCAUGUUCCUUACACCCGGAUCCCUGCGCGGUCCCAUGCAGCUCAAGCAGGAGCCCCUGACUCCACAGCAGCAACAGCAGAACCAGAUAAACCAGCAACAGUUGCAGCAGCAACAGCAGCGAUACACCAUCGCCGCCGGGCAGCAGCAACAGGUGACUGCCGCUCUACUCGAGGGCACCGAGCCUGGUAGCAUUUUUGUCCAGCAAAUUUAUGGCGAUGAUGGAGGCACCGGCAAGGGUAGCGGCACGGCCACCAAGCUGCUGCAGGCGCAUGUGCCGCAUUUCAGCAUUGCCACCACCGGAGCCACCGGUCAGUUGGAGCUCUAUCCGCACAAAUAUUCCGCCAAGAAGCAGGAACUUCAGUCGGACAACGAUGCUCCCGGCUCGGGAUCGAGCGGCAACGAUAACAGCGGGUCUGUUAGUCUAGGCCACAGCGAGACCAAGGUUAUCGUCACCACGGGGGAUCAUCAGAAGCUGCUUAAGGCGGCAACGACGACAACAACAACGCCGCUGUACAACCAAUUCCCCUACUUGGCCACCUUUCCAACGGCGGGCAACACGGCCAGCGGCAGCACCACGGCAACGACAACGGCGGCCGGAACAACGGCAACGGGCGGCACCACCACCUACUAUCCGAUGUACCACAAUGGCUUCCAGAUUGGUAUAGGACCAAAUGCGGUGCCACCGCCCUUUACGCCUGUACACUUUGCCAAUGCCAGCGGCGGCAACAGUCCCACCGGGGGCCAGUACAACAUCCUGGCGACGACUACGAAUCCUACACUCACAGUGACCGCCGGUCUAGGACAACAGCAGCAGGAGCAGCAGCAGCAGCAGCAACAGCAACCGCAGCAACAUAUUGUGACCACUACGCCGGGCAGGGGCAGGCCAAGAAAGCAUCCGCUGCCCCACGAGGAGCAGCUGAAGGUGAACAGUCUCUUGGAGCAGGAGCUUAAUCAGAUGCUGGCCGUUCCACAGCUGGCCACGAACACCCCGCGGAGGGGCAGGCCCCUCUCCCAGCCAACGCAGCAGCAGCAGGAUCUCGGCCAGAUACAUGUACAUUCCACCGCCGAUGGCGAUAACCGGACGCCAGUGACGCCGCGACGCAGUGGUGCGAACAAAUACGAGACGGAGGAGGAGAAGCGCCUUCGGCUGGACAAGAUGGCCGCCCAUCAGCGUGCUGUGCGGGCCAAUGAAACCCCCGAGCAGCGGGCCACGCGACUUCAGAAGCUCAGUGAACGGGCGCGCCUGAAGCGGGCCCAAAUCCGUGCCACCGAGAACACAGAGGAGCGCAAGGAGCGGCUAUCCAAGCAGGCGGAAUAUGCGCGCAUGCGACGCAUGCGCAGCCACACGCCGCGGAGCAGCAGUGCCACCAGCGCUGAGUUCCGGGCCAAAACCGAGGAGGAGGAGGACGACGACGAGGAGGACACGAGCACGGAACAGUUGUACGAAAGCGAACCAGUCACAGCCACGGGCAGCGAUGGAGGUGGCGGUGGUGGAUUUGUGGCCGGCGUUAAGACGGACAACCAACUGGAGGAUGGCGAUGGCUCUAAUGAGCUGCCGCCACUGCAGCUGCAACAGCACGAGCUGCAACAGUUGGCGCAGCAGCAGCACUCGCAUCACGAGGCGAUUGUGUUGAACCAACAACAACAACAGCAGCAGCACCGACUGGUUGCCAUCAAUCAGCACCAGCCGCCCCAUCCGGGAUUCAGCAAGCUGCAAGUGGCAGGCGGUUCAGCAGCGGCAGCAGCAGUGACUUCAACAGCAGCGUCGGCAACGGGAGCAGCUGGCUCUGGCGGCGGCAAUGGAACCGGGGCGCCUGAGAACAACGACAUGCUGAAAAUACUCGAGCCGAUCAUUGUCAUGAAGACCAAAUGAGGAACACGGCGGCGUCACAACGCCACCAGUCGCUAGGCGGAGAGCUGUCUAGACGAGGGUGGCCUGGAGGAGGCGAAGGACAUAAUGCACAAGAAGGAUAAGGGGGGAGGGGGAGGAGAUAUCUGCGCGAAUCGAUUGUCUAUAGUUAUGAUUAAGAGGAUUUUUUUUUAACUCGUUUUAAAUGCAUGUCGGACGAGGCCAAUGUCUUUGACGGCCUUAGAGAUUGUAAAAAGCUAAAGCAGAUGAAAGAGUCAGGUGCAAUAGCUGCUGCUAUGUGCGUGUGACUGUGUGUAAGCCAGCCUCCGGGUAAUGUGACGCCCCUAGGAGAGACCACCCCCAAAAGAGAUCCCACACAAGUCGAGGAAGGAGUGGGAACCCGGAACGCAGGCCAUGCAGCUAAACUAGAGAGGUAAGCGAGUGACGAGAUCAACUAAACCUAAUCCAGAAUAUGUAGCGCGUAAACAGAGCACUAAGUAGUUGUAUGUAUUAACUAUUAAUUUUUUAAAUUAGCAAAAA